UUUUCUUUGUCUCUUCUCCUUACUUUUUUUUUUCAUUAGUAUGACAAGAACGAAUCAAAAGGCUCGAAGAAGAAGUAAACUUAAAAAACCAGUACAAGAAGCUAGUACUGCGAAAUCCAACACCAAAGUGAAACAAGAAACAAAGAAGAGAAAGCGCAAUGGCAACGAUAACCAAAACACUGACAACGUAAAGAAACGCAAACCAGACAAGCAAACAAAGCAAGUCAAAAAAGAGGAAAUAAAGAAAAAGAGAAAGAACAAGAGAAAAUUGAAACGUGUAAAGAAAAUGGCUCAAUCUAAAGAACAAUCCGACCAACCUAUUGUUAUAUCUGACGAUGACGAUAACGAUAACGACGACGACGACGACGACGACGACGACAAUUCUUUACUUGAUUCUUCCAAUACUCUCGACAAACCUAUUGAAAUAUCCGACGAUGAAUCUGAAGUAGAAGAAGGUGAACUACAGGAUGACCAGGUUAUUGUUUCUCCAGAAUCUCGACAGGGUAAGUAGUCUUCUUCUUAGGUUGGAGAAACAAAUUAAGUUUUUUUUAUUUUAUUUUUUAAUAGAUAUGGAGGAGGAUUAUAUUGCACUUGGAUCGGAUGAAAAUGAUAAAUCAGGGCAAUUAGAUGAAGACGAACGACCGUAUCAUUAUCCUUGGUGGGAGCAAACAACUGAUAAUACCAUGGCAAGUUUCCAAGCUGAAAUCGAGGAUUUUGUCAACUUCCUUCAACCAACCCAAGAAGAAAUCAAUAUACGACACUAUUUGAUUCACAAAAUUCGAUACCAUAUUCGCCAACGCUGGAGUGAUGCCAAAGUACAUGUAUUUGGAAGUUUCAAAACUAAUACCUUUCUUCCUGACAGUGACAUGGAUUUGAUGGUAGAAUUACCUGGCUAUCCAACAAGUUCUGAUUUAUAUACUGUAGCAAGUGUACUUUAUCAAGCUAAAGUGUCUAAACGCUAUCCGACUGUGAUUGGCAAAGCAACGGUACCUGUCGUUAAGUUUGAAGAAAGAUUGACGGGACUGAAGGUGGAUAUUAUCCUCAAUUCUUUUGGUGGUGUAGAUUGUGCAACCUAUGUCUCAAGGAAACUGUCAGAAUAUCCUGGUGCAAGACAAUUGACAUUGAUCAUCAAACAUAUUGUGGCUCUUCGAGAAGUAAAUGAAGUAUAUACCGGUGGCAUAGGUGGAUUUGGUGUUGUUUGUAUGGUGAUCAGCUUUUUACAGAUGCAUCCAAUGGUCGCUUCUGGCACAAUCGAUCCUCAAAAAAAUCUAGGAACACUAUUAUUGGACUUUUUACAACUUUAUGGGAUUCAUUUUGCAGUGGGAAAGGUGGCUAUUUCUGUAAGUCAUAAAGGGAAAUACUAUCCAAAGAUGACCAAUUGCUUGCGACAAGGUAAACCAGUAUUUUCUAUUGAAGAUCCUUUAGACGCCAAGAACGAUAUUGGAGUCAAAUCAUUCAAUGCGCUAACAGUGGUCAAAGUCUUCCGAAGAGCAUAUGUGGAUAUGACAAACAGAGCAUACGCCAUGCUACGAUCAACACAACCCAAAAAAGAGUGCUUAUUGACCUAUAUAGGCUAUAUUCCUGAAUCCAUGAUCCAACAACGUAAUAUCAUCGCACAAGCUUAUGAUGAACAACUUUGGCAAGAUGAUCCUGCUGCUGAUUCCUUUGUUUGGCCCACCUAAUCUAGCUUUAUGUAUAUAUUUAUCGUCUUUUUUUAUUUCCCCAUCCAUUCCAAUCUGUAUAUGCAAUAAAAAUAAUAUGUAUCAUCAUUUUCAUCAUCAUCAACAACGAUAACAGCAGAUUUAUU